ACGCGUUUACUUACCAAACCGCGUUCCGACCCAACAUCUUCAAAAAUUCUUUGUAAAACCCAAACACAUCUUUAUACACUCUUCGACGAGUAUGAAUUUUUCAACCUGCGCGACCUUGAAUGAAUACCUUAUAAGUGUAGCCUUUUAGGCUCCUGCCCAUCCAAGGACUCGUUCCUAACAUAUUAUCGCCGAAGACGUAUAAACAAUGGCAGUCUGUAAAUUCUGGCAGCAAGGAAAUUGCAGAAACGGAGGUAUGAUUCUCGCCCGAGUUUAAAAUGAAGAUAAAAUUUGCUAACUUUUGAAAGCUGGUUGCAAAUUCGGACACCCCGACCAGAAUGCCAAUCACAAUAAGAACAGCUUCAAUAAUCGAUAUGCUCCUCUUCAGAACCAAACUUCCAACCAAUCCAACUCUCGGAACUACAAUGCACAACGAGGAGGUGAGUUCCCCGCCUACAUGAUUGUACACUGUGGCUUACUAUGUUUUGAAGGAGAUGAAGCGCAUAUACCUUUUAGUCUCGAUAAAGUAACUAUAAAGCAAGACCUCUCGGCCGACAGACCGCAAUGGAUUCUUUCGGCGUACGGACCUGGGCGCCAUGCGCCGGAGCAGUUGUUUGGUGGACCAGCGCGAGAACAAAGUUUUGAAGAAAUGCGCCUUAUCCACUACAUUGCGGCAGCUUCUGGUAAUGUUCAGCCUGCUGUAGGUGAUAGAUCCAGGGGUUGUGAACUGAAGCUAAUAUUUUCUAGAUACAAGAUGCAGAGAGGUUAUGGCAAGAAGCGGAGCAACAAAUACAGAAUGCACUGAAUGACGUGGAUGGUGCCAUAGACUAUAUUAUUGCGGCCGGUAAUAAGCAUCCAAAUAGGAAUGAUUACUGUCAGCAAAACACUUCUACAGAUCAAACGCCUUGGGUUCAGCGUAAUGAUCAUCCUGCUGGAGCUAAUGCUUUCGGUGCACCAAGUCAAGCAUUAACAUCAACAUUUGGGCAACCGUCUACUCAAACAAGUUCUGGAUUUGCACAACCACCUAUUCAAAAUGUGACAGCCUUUGGUCAGCCUUCAAGUCUAAACGCUAGUGCAUUUGGUGGAACUGCUCAAGGCUUUGGAGCUGUGCAGCAAGGUGGGGCAUCAGGUGGUUUUGGUCAGCCAUCAGUUUUGGGUCAAAAGCCUAGUGCUUUUGGCAGUGCUUUUGGUAGUGCUUUUGGGCAGCCCUCACAAUUAGAGCAAAGAGCAGGGGCUUUUGGAAACCCGUCAGCCAUGGGGCAGAAUGCAAAUCCAUUUGGUGCACCCUCAAACAGCGGCAUGAAUUCUGGACAGCCAGGUUUCUCUAACUUUGGUGGUACAAGCAAUGCGUUCGGUCAACCCAAUCCAAACCCCUUGGGGGAUGCUUUUGGUUCCAAUCCUCUUCCUCCCGGAAUUCAGCAAUCACAGAUCAAUCCGAUGUCACAGGACAACAAUCCAUUAGCACCUGUUAACGCCUUUGGCCAGUCUGCUCCAUCAAACCCCUUUGGCAUUAAUAGCGGAAACAAUCAAGCAUUCGGUGCUCCUUCGUCGGCGCCGAAGAAUCCCUUUGGAGCUCCAAGUCCGCAGCCAACAAAUGUCAUGCAAAAUCAAUUUACAAAUCCUGAACCACAGACACAGCAGUUUGAAAAUCAUCAAAACUUCGAAAAUUUGAACAUGAUCGCUGGCGCUCCGUCUGCGCGGAGCGACUCCAAUAUGAACACCUUCAGCCCGAAUUUUCGACCACCACCAAAUGCCAAUAUAGUACAGCAUCCUCCAGCCGACAGCUAUAUUAGAACGAGUCAAGGUGGAAAAUUAGAGUCUUUCAAUGGACGACCAGUCAUGUAUAAGGAUGGAGAACCAGGGACUAAUAUUAGUGGUAAGUGGCACAAGAUAUGGUGUCCAAAAGGGUAUACAGGGUCAAACAAAACUACGGAAAUUGAGAACGCGGUUUUUGAUGAACAAACGACUGCUGCCUAUUUACAGGCCAGGCAAACUGGAAAAUUCCCAGGAGGUGUUAUGCCUUUGAUACCACCCAAAAGGGAAUGGUGCUUGUUCAACUUUUGAUUCAUAAAAUUAGAUAUAGGCGGUUAUGCAUUGGGGCGGCGUUGUGGGCUUAUUAAUGUAUGGUUUGAGAUGAAGAGUAUGCAUCUGGCCUAGGAAAGAAAUUGUGGGAAGCCUCGGAGCACUGAUCACAACUACAUUGCUAGGCCUUGUCAGCAUCUAAUCCAAGGGGCAAGAGGAGACGAGGUUAAAAUGUGUUUUCUAAUACUGGUUGAGGCUACUACUCUCAAAACAACGUGCAUGGAAUGUACUUUGCCCCUGAUCCGAGAUCUUUACACUUUACAUAGUUCUCCAUUUCAUCUCUUGGUUGGCGAGACGCGACAUUUAGGUGAAAAUUAUAUUGUAUCUUGUGCUCCGGGGGCCUUUGGAAAACUGAUAUAGCAAUAUCCGCAUUUUAAUCAAAUUUUUAAUGACUUCAAUGAUUGAGAAUCUUGGAGGUUCCCUCUCAUGUCAUCUCGCCCGCCCCGCUUCGUCAAAUCCACAUACCUCGCCUCGACAUCUACAUCUUUUCACUCCAUUCCUCAUUUCGUCCCUAAUAUCCUUCUCCACCUGUUCCGCUUUCUCUUUCAAACCUCCACUCCUCUGUAUCCAAAAAUCCCGAUGCCCCAUUUGAGUCCCGUCGACAUUCAAAAAGCAUCUUCACCUCCGUAAGUGAGGCGAAAUGGUGAUCGCCGCACAUUCUAUGCCAGUACCUAUGCCAGCACCUACAAUCAAGCCCUAGAGAAGAGACAGGGAAAAUACCCGACGAGAGAAACAACGGUGGUGAGAAGAUUGAUAAAUGGAGUAUAGCCGCAGUGCAACUAGACGGAUCAGCACAGAUAGUCUGUGUCGUCAAGUAGGGAUACAGGAUGCGCAAGUUGUGAUAGGGGGAAUUGAGUAGGUUGAGAGACCUAGAGUGCGAGAUUCGUGGUUGAUGAAGAGAAUGAUGGGUGGUUUGGCGAGGGAAAUUAGGGACGAGUUGUACUGGUUAUCUCGUGGUGCUAAAUGAAUGAUUCGAGGUGGGGGAAUGAGUUUCGACGAUAUUUGGAGGGGGUUUUCUUUAAGGAGGUGGCAGAAUCGAUGAAAGUUUGAUGGCUCUUGCGUCAUGAUGGAUAUUCUGUUAGUUUGUGGUGGAGUAAAUGGAGAUGAAAUAUCAAGAAAGAGGAUGUAGAGAUUUCAAUACGGUUAUGGAUUUAUGUUAAAGAUCGCGAGAAGACAAGGAGACUGAAUCGAGAGAUUAUUUGCUGCACAAAUUAAAU